AUGUCGCUUGAGGAAGACCAAUUCUUUCCUACGGGGCCCAACACAGGCAAUGGGCACUGUGCUAAUCCUAGACAGACAUACCGUAUUGCGUUGAACUUGAAGGCAGUCAUCGAUAGGGUUAUCCCCACGAUCUUCGAUGAGAAGGAAAUCGUGAGAACUCACUCGGCUGUGCUCAAUUCGAAGGUGCUUCGUUUGAUCUAUCGCUGUGCUGGUGGAAAGGGAAAUGGUGCAGCAGGAACUACAUCAUUCAAAUAUCGUGGUGCGCUUGUGUUUGCCUUGUUAAAGGUAACAGAUUGGUAUUGGCAGCAGGCUGAGUAUAAGCUUUCUGACAACGAGUUGUACUCGCUAAGAGCUGUUGCUGCGCAGAUAUUGGCAGUAAGAAUCAUCGAUUCUACUAAAGAUGACGAGUAUUUGUUCUUGGGUAUGCUCUGCCAUCGGUACCUGAUGAACAUUAGCGGAGAGGAUAGCGAUCCAGUUAGUGCUUUGGAAUUGGCGGUUGAUAUGCACCUGACGAUUGUUAUUGGCUGUUCAGGUUAUCAGAGAUGUGUGAAAUGGUUAUGGAGAGGUUGGAUCAUGCAAUCUUCCCAUGAUCCUCACUCCUAUGUUCUUUACAAAGGUGUCGCUUCUCAGUCAAUUAGGACUCACUUUGAUCCAGAUAGAAUCAAGACCCCUGCGUACCAGAACAAGAUCGAGAUAGCUUUCAGUAUCUUGUACUUGAUAUUCUUUACCAUCAUUUUGAACACUCAUCAAGUGGUCACAACAGAUGUGGAUGUUUUCGAAGGCUUCUUCUAUGCUUUCACUCUUGGUUCAAUCUUUGAUGAGAUCACGAAGCUCUACCAUGUGGGCUGGAACUAUUUGGGCUUCUGGAACGCUUUCAAUGAUGUGAUGUAUAGCAUCAUUGUCAUUGCAAUAGGAUUCCGGUUUGCAUCAUUGAGACAGACGGGCUUGUACAGAGAAAAGUACGACGAGAUAAGUUUCCGUGUUUUAUCUUGUGCUUCACCAAUGAUGUGGUCUCGUCUUCUUCUUUACUUGGACGCACAACAGUUUGUCGGUGCUAUGAUCGUUGUUAUCAAGACUAUGAUGAAAGAGUCUAUCCUUUUCUUUGUGUUGCUCUUUGUUGUCAUUCUUGGUUUUCUCGAAGGAUUUUUGGGACUCGAUGCGUCUGACGGUAAGAGUGAGGCAACCAAGCAUAUCUUAACCUCUUUGGUCAAUGCUGUGAUUGGCGCUUCAGGCUUCAAUGAUGUUCAGAACCUUGUACCGCCAUAUGCACUGAUCCUUUACUACAUUUACUCAUUUGUUCUUCAAGUCAUUUUGAUGAACAUCCUUAUCGCUUUAUACUCCACAGCAUAUGCUGCCAUCGUGGAAAACGCUACAGACGAAUACUUUGCCUUGGUGGCGCAGAAAACAUUACGAUACAUCCGUGCUCCAGACACCGACUUGUAUGUGCCUCCCUUCAACUUGAUUGAGUAUCUUAUUACUCCACUUUAUUAUGUGGUAUCGAAGAGGACAUACAAGCAGAUCAACAGGGUGAUCAUGACAGUCAUAUAUUCGCCAAUGCUUUUGUACAUCACUAUUGACGAGCUCAGGAAUGCUCGUAGAGUACAAUACAACAGAUUCAAAGGUCUUCCUGACGAUGCCAACGAGAUUGAUACUGAAUGGGACAUUACUGACGGUUUCGAUGUCGACUUACUCAUUGUUGGCGACAAUGGCAUCGAAACUAGAGAUGGUGAAGUAAAUCAAGCAGUCAGAGAACAGAGAAUUGCUGAAAAUAAAGACCCUGAGUUUGCUGCAGAUUUCCCUUCUUUAAUGAAGGAUAUUGAUGAGGUUAUCCCUCCAGUCGAGAAAGCAAAUGAUAAGGGUAUCAAAUGGGAGCACUACGGCUUGCAUGAAAAACUCGACCAGUUAUCCACAGUGAUAGCAAACUUGGUUGAAGAAAACAAAAAAUCCGUCACCAUGGCGAACGCCACAAGCUACAGAAAUGGCGCCGACGUUGAAUUCGAUUAUCUGCAUGCGCCGAAUGCCUCUAGCAUAGUUCACGAUGAUCUUGCGCCUCCUAGUCUGACAUCCAAGAAGAAGAGAAAGAAGAAGAAGAAGAAGGCCAAGUCUGCAAAUGGGGAAACAGCACAAGACCAAGAUCUCCAUCCUCAUGAUGACCCAGCGUUUUCUGUUAACGAUGCCCACAUCAACGAUCCUGACGCUGAUUACCCCACAUCAAGGGUAAUUAAAGUGGGUCCUUCGGGAGACUUGAUUGUCGAAAGCUUGGACGACGAAUAUCCCCAAGAAUCGAAACAGCAACUUCCACAGAUUUCCGAUAUUCAAUCACGAGAACAGCUAGAUUUCUCUAUUUUCCAUUUCCACAAUGAUGAUGAACGUGCAUUCUGGUUAAACUUGUCCGAUGCCGAUAAGAAGGAUAUACUACGUGUUGACAAAGAGCAUCUUAUGGAGAAUCUACGAAUCCUCAAGAGAAACCAUCCCAAUAAAGGCAUGCCUUUCAACCAGUUUGGCGUCGGCGAUCAUCAUAAUCAAGGCGGCGACCAAUGCGCCUGUGCCUACUGUGGCAGAAACAGCCGCUUCAUAGAAGAUGAAUUGGCCAUAGCGUAUAACCAGCAUCUAGAUGUGAUAGCCGACUACCUCGAGAAUUGCGUGAAUGCACGGGCUGAAUUUCCUCGACUUAUCCCGGAGCCUCGCUUCCAUUCCGAUGCUCCUUCACCUCCAUUGCAUCCUCCUCGUUCACCCCAUCCAGAAAGCGUUAACCACAGUCAUACAUCACCAAACUUACAUGCCAAUAGUACACUUCCGAAUCAGCUGGUGAAAUCCGACGAAGAAACCUCUAUUAAGGAGGAAGAGCCGCAACUUGGGGAACUCGAAACGGCGGCUACUAACGACUCCGACGAAAAGAUCCUCAUGAACCUCGAACCGCAAGAGAUGCUCGACAUUUUAGGUAAGGCCAGGAAGGUUCUGGAGCUCAUAAAUCCCAACACAAUACAAGAAGUUGUCAAGUACGAACUUCUACUGAGGAAUAUCAAGCCGGAAGCUGCAAUCGACGAGUCAGCCAAAAAUCUAACCGAGAUUUUCGCCAACAUCAAGAAGGAUGACGAAAACGGCCUUGCGAAAGCAGUGGAGUUUAUCAAGUGCUGCAGUCGACUUUACAAAGAAUCGAAUGACCAAUUCAACGAUGUUCUGCAGUUUUUAUCCAACUUCGCAGACUUAAUCAUGAAGAACGAAGGAAAGUCCUUUGUUGACAUGCUUGAAUCAUUAACUGAAUCGAGAAACGCCCGCAUGAAUAUCGCAGAGGAACAGAAAAUCGAGCAAAUCACUGAUGUAAACGAAGAGGAUCAGCAGGUACUUCGAUCGCCACUUAAUGUCACUCAAUCUCCAGAUGGCGCUGGCUCGACACUUUUGCAGGCCGAUGAAAGCCAUGGGAUUGCAAAUGGCGAGACCAGCCGACAAGAUGCCGAAUAUUUCGAAGAGUAUGGCGAAGAUUAUCAUCAAGCCCACGACCAUGAUCAUGACCACGAUUAUGCAUGCGAUCACGAUUGUUCUCAUGGCCAUGAAUGCGAUCAUGAUUGCGACCAUGAAGAGUACGAUAACGAUGAACUCGAUGAUGACGAAGAUAGUCAGCAGGGUUACGAUGAUGGGGAACUUGACGACGAAGAAGCGCAGCGUGGCCGUUCGGAAGAGAUUCGGGGUUUCGUCAUGAUCCAAGCAGUUAACAUGAUCAGGGAGAGAUUCAUGGAGGCUUACGAGAGAAAACUAUCAGAAGAUAGAACUCAGAUGUUUAUCGCAGAGCUUGAAGCAGAGGAAAAUGCAAAGAAGGAAAGAGAAUUGAAGAAGCUAAAAGCUAAGGAGAAGCAGAAAGAGAAGAAGCGCUUGCAACAGCUUGAGAAAGAAGAGGAGAAGAAGCGCAAAGAGGCCGAGGAGCUAGCACGUAAGGCCGAGGAGGAGAAGAAGCAAGAAGCGAUACGCGCAGAACAAAUGAAGAAGAAGGAAGAAGCAAGGCUCAAAAAAGAAGAGGAAAAAAGGCGACGUAUUGAAGCCUUACAGAAGAAGGAGGUUGAAGCCGCGGAAAGAAAGAGAAAGCAGGAUGAGUUGAAACUCCAGAACGAGAAAAAGCAGAAGGAGAAGGAGCUCAGACAGCGUCAACUUGAAGAAAAGAAGCUGGAGGAGAAGAAGCUCCAAGAAAAGAAGCUCGAAGAAAAGAGGCUUGAAGAAGCCAAACUCCGAGAGAAGAGAAAGGAGGAAGAAAAGAAGGUCGAUUCGAAGAAAUCUGGAAAGAAGAAUGUUGAUACCGCUAGCAGAGGUACAUCAUCCGCUCCGAGAGCACCAGAUGACCCGAUUUCAAAUCAAGCUCCUGCAAUUCCCGCUCAGACUGAGUCGCCAAUGGGUCACGACAAUUUUAAUGAGACCGAGGACUAUCUCCAUAAGCAACAACAAGAGCUUCUUGAGAAAGCCAACAGUUUGUCUCUCGACCUGGCCAAUCCAUUAAUGCCUCUUGAUGAAUUGAACAUCCAUGCUCAAGCAACUUCUCCGAUGAAGAAUCAUUUGUUGGAUCAGCUUUACCGCGCCAAGCCCCAAUCGAUCUCCUCGACUUCUAACUCAACUCCUCAAAUCAACCCUGCAGAACUCAAUCAGUUUGGAUUGCAAGAAGGUGUUCCACCAUACAUUUCACCUAGCAAAAAUACCGACCUGUUUGAUAACUUGAGGGGCGUGGAUUGGAGGAAUGGCGCAAGUGCUUUCCCACAUCAAGGUCAAAGUCGUGUUGGUGGGGCCCAUGUCGCUUCUAAUUUCAGUCCAUUUGAUUCCAAUGCCACUUUGGACCAGUUGCAACAACCUCCAUCUGUCGACAUGCUUCUGAGCUCAGCCCUUGGCAGUAAUGUGAGACCAAGCAUUCAACAAAGCAAUAGUUACAUGUGGUCGAACGGAUCAGCUUCGAGAAGCAAUUCUAUUUGGAAUUCGUCGAGUGAACCUCAACACGGGAACCCUAAUAUUUGGGGAACUAGCAAGUCACCACAAGCUUACGGCAAUGGCAUGAUGCCUAUGGGUGGCUCACGAAUCUCGCUCUCCGAUCAGGGUGCAAACUCAGAAGUUGACACAAUUCAAAAGGCUGCUGCAGAUGCAUUCAACCUUAUGCUGUCGAACAACCAGCUUAUGCUCGGCCUGGCCUCUGCCAUUAACAUGUGCCAGAUAGUGAAAGGUUUAUUGGGAAACGCCUCAAUGGGAAUGGCGGAGUUUCUCAACUCUUUGAAGUCGCCAGGUAAGCAUCAGUUUGAUUUUAUUUAUGACGACUACGGAAGCGUUACGCACCUCAAGUUGAUUCAGCAUAUUCCAAAUGGAGCUAUUCCACAGGCAACACAUGGACCUGGUCAUUUGGGCCAUCAAGGUCUUGGUCAGCCAGUCAACCCGAAUUUGCAAUUCGGUUAUGGCCAUACUACACAGCAACAGAAUGCAUUCCAGAACCAACCAUUCCACCAGCCGAUGCCGAACGUGCCACAACACCCACAACCAUUGAAAGCGAUGAAUGUUGGUCCUCCAGGAAUACAGCAGGAUGAAAACAGCCAAAAACCUAACGGCCUUCAGCUUCCCGGAACCAUCCAGAACCUGUUGAAUCCUAGUGGGUUUGGCCAGGGCAAUAUAUGGUAA